AUGAAGGGCAUUCGACCGCCCAAGCAUCCCUUCGAGUACAACGGCAUCGAGUGGCCUACUAUGAAGAUUUCGGGCACCAACACGCAUAUCUUCGCUGUGGGCGACUGGGGCGGUUUGGCAGGCACUCUUCCCCACAACAGUCAGAUCAUCCAGUACAAGGGAGGGCAGACCAUGGGUCCCCACGUCAUGGGCCGAUACCGCACAGACGCGAAGACCCACGACCUGUCCUGCUCCACACCCGAGAUGUCCGACUGCUUUGCCACCAAUGGCACAAAAUGCCCGGGAAGAUGUGGAUGGAUCGAGGACAUUGACACACAAGCGCAGCACCUGGUGGCGAACCAGAUGAUCAAGCGCGCAAAGAUGAACAAUCCGGACUAUCUGCUAAACGUUGGCGACAACUUCUACUGGGGAGGCAUCUUUGGCAAAUGUGGGGACACGCCCAUGUCCAAAGUCAACGACGUCACCCGUGCACAGUUCAAUUGGAUCUUUGAGAAUGUCUACAAGGGUCCCGGACUUGAUGGCAAGCCCUGGCUUUCUGUCCUGGGAAACCACGACUGGGGAGGCCGCGAGAUGGAUGCAGCCUGGGACCAGCAGAUCGCCUACACUUGGGUUAGCAAGCGAUGGGUUCUGCCAGCUCCCUACUGGAUGCAAAAGGUCGAGUAUGUCGACCAAGGAUACACUGUCGACAUCUUGAUGAUUGAUUCCAAUAUUGAAGAUGCAGACGAGGAUGUGAAUUCCAAUCCAGAGCACAACAUCUGCGGGGCUGCUCAUAACCCUAAGGGCUCAUCAUGUGCAAAAGUCGGAG